CAGCCCUAUAGGCGGCGGGGUCAUAGGUAGUGGGUGAAAUGACCUGUACACCAGGUAGAUAGACUAGAGGUACACUCAUCCCGUCGUACAACAUAUCACAUUCAUCUUCUCAAAGACUUCAGCCUGACUCCUCAUUCCAUUUCUUUACACCUCUCUACCUACACAUCCCAUAACGUGCUUCAUCUUCGGUUCCGGGGACGGUCACUCCCCGAAGUAUCUGCAACCAUGCCCAUCAUGGAGCCCUUUUCGUUUGCGAGCUCCGACCAGCUCAACUAUCCCGUCUCGAUUCGCAUCAUGAGUCUUGAGGGAGAAGAGACGCCCAUCCCGUUCAGCACUCUCCUUGAGAGGCCAGACCUGCGACAUGUUGGCUCUAACCAAAGUCCCCACUCGGACCUCUAUGUCACCGUCCAGGUCUGGGCCGGAUCCAAGCCUCUGACUGUUCCCGUCCAAACACCCUACAAGUGGUUCCGGAAUGAGCGCAAAUGGUCCGAGUGGUUAACCCUGCCCAUCGACUACUCUACUCUCCCCGAAAAUGCCCGUCUGGCCAUCACCCUCUGGGACCUCUCUCCAACCGGAGGCGAAGGCGCUCAUGGUCAUGCCAUUCCCUUUGGUGGCACCACACUGCCCUUGUUCGAUAAAGACAACCAACUGUACAAGGGCCGUCAACAGUGUUUUGUGUACCGACACAAACAAGCAGAUGGCAAUGAUGAUACCGGAACUCCUGCUUUCAUACCCAGAAGGUCCGGUGUGGGCUCCAGCAAAAAGGGAACUCCCUCAUCCAUUGUGGACAACGAUGCCGAAGAGUACGACCGCUUGAUGGACCUUCUCAAGAAACACGAGAUGGGAGAGAUACCCCGUGUCGACUGGCUCGACCAACUGGCCUUCAGGGUAAUCGAAAAGCGCGGAUAUGGUUCGGCCAAAUCUUCCCUCAGGCUCAAGGCUAUUCAGCGUCAACAGGAAGCUCUCGCCAGUGCCAACCCCGAUGCCUCCAAACCAAUCCCAGUGCCGUCCGACUUUCUGUUGACUGUCGAGCUGCCCAGAUUUGACUUCCCCGUUGUCUUUGCAGAUCACGAGUAUCCACCUCCACCCAUCUCGUCGCUCCAGCAUCUAUCGUCUUCACAGUCGGGUCUCAUGGUGAAGCCCACACCAGAUAUUCAGCUUGGGCCGGGAAUCAGCCGCAUAGAUGCCGACGAUGAAACCUCCGCAGGCCGCUUGAUCCGAGUUUACGAUCCGGAGGUAGGCGCAAGGGACAACCCAGCCGAGAGCAAGCACCGAAGACUUGUCCGCAGUCAGCAUCGCAACGGUAUUCUGGAUAAAGACCUGAAACCAAACGCUAAAGUCAGAGAUGAACUCAACCAGAUCAUGUCCUACCCGCCAACCCACAGUCUGUCGCCUGAAGAGAAGGACCUCAUCUGGAAAUUCCGAUACCACUUAACUAGAUACAAAAAGGCUCUCACCAAGUUUGUCAAGUCAGUCAACUGGCUCGACGCGUCAGAAGCAAGGUCGGCUGUGGUAGUUCUCGAAAAGUGGACUGAUAUCGACGUGGACGAUGCGCUGGAGUUGCUGGGCCCGACGUUCAGCAACUCGGCCGUAAGAGCCUUCGCAGUGAAACGUUUACGGAAAGCAGACGAUAACGAGCUGCUGCUGUAUCUUUUGCAGCUGGUUCAGGCGCUCAAGUACGAGCACAUAUUGCCACAGUCCCGUCAAGACGUCUCCCAGGAUAGUUCCCUGGCCAGUUUCUUGAUAACGAGGGCCGUGUCAAGUCUGACGCUCGGCAACUAUUUCUACUGGUAUGUUAUGGUCGAAAUCGACGACAGGAGCUCCGAGCAAGGACAAGAUGCCAGGGAAAUCUACACCAAGGUUGCAUACGAUUUCAUGGCCGAGCUUGACAAGCAGCCGGGGGGCCAGGAGAAGAGAAGAACAUACAAACGACAGGCCGAGUGGAUCCGUAUCCUUUCUCAAGUCUCAGGAGAAGUCAAGGAGGCCAACGAGUCUAUCGCCAGAAGAACCGACCGGGUCAAGCACUUCUUGGCCGAUUCCAAGAACGAGCUGGUCACCCUCGACCCGCCGCUCCCACUCCCACUGGACCCUUCGGUCAUGAUCACGGGCGCAAUCCCGGAGGAGACCAUCGUCUUCAAAUCCUCCCUCCAUCCCAUCAAGGUGGCCUUCAAAACCACCUCUGGAACCAAGUACCCCCUCAUUUUCAAAACAGGCGACGAUCUCCGCCAAGACCAGCUCGUCAUCCAAAUCAUCAUGCUCAUGGACGACCUCCUACAAAAGGAGAACCUCGACCUCAAGCUCUCGCCCUACAAGAUUCUCGCUACCAGCACCAGCGCCGGCCUCUCGCAGUUCGUCCCGUCCAUGUCCUUCCAGGGCAUCCUCAACAAAUACGGCAACAACGCCGCGCUCGCCUACCUCAAGCAAAAUAAUCCCGACAGCAACGGCCCGCUGGGCCUGCGCAAGGAAACGCUCGACACCUUUGUCAGGUCGUGCGCCGGCUACUGCGUCAUCACGUACAUUCUGGGCGUCGGCGACCGCCACUUGGACAACCUCCUCUUGGCCCCCGACGGGCACUUCUUCCAUGCCGAUUUCGGGUACAUCCUCGGCCGCGACCCGAAGCCGUUUGCCCCCGUGAUGAAGCUAUCGAAAGAGAUGGUGGACUGCAUGGGCGGGGUCAACUCGGAGCACUAUCGCCAGUUCAAGCAGUACUGCUUCUUGGCGUAUAGUGCCCUCCGAAAAAACAGCAAUUUGAUUCUGAAUCUCUUUAGUCUGAUGGUGGAUGCCAACAUUCCGGAUAUCAAGCUGGAGCCGGAUAAGGCAGUGUUCAAGGUUAGGGACAGGUUUCACUUGGAGCUGAGCGAGGAGGAGGCGAUUAGGAAUUUGGAGAAGAUUAUGGAGGAUAGUUUGAAUGCGCUGGUGCCGGUUAUGAUUGAUCGGUUGCAUGGAGUCAUGCAGGCUUUCCGGACGUAGUGGGAGGAGGAUAUUUGUGUGGAGGAUUGGUUAGCGAUGUGUUUUGUUUUGCACAUAGUCAUAGACUGGAGUCAGCGUUAUGAGGUAACAUGAAGCAUUCACAU